UGUGCUCCGCUUCCGGAAGUGACGUCCCCAGGGGCGAGCCGGAGCGGGAGCUUCCAGUCCCAGAGUGGAGCUCCCCACCGUGCGCGUUGCGCGCCGGGCGCUGCUUCUUCUCGGGCUUGCGGACCGGCGGCGGCGGCGGUGUCGGCGGCGGCGGCGGCGGCGGCGGCGGCGGCGGCGCAGGGUGUUUUAACUCAAAUGGGUGAUGAAAAGGACUCUUGGAAAGUGAAAACUUUAGAUGAAAUUCUCCAGGAAAAGAAACGAAGGAAGGAACAAGAGGAGAAAGCAGAGAUAAAACGCUUAAAAAAUUCUGAUGACCGGGAUUCCAAGCGGGAUUCCCUUGAGGAGGGGGAGCUGAGAGAUCACCGCAUGGAGAUCACAAUCAGGAACUCACCGUACAGGAGAGAGGACUGCAUGGAAGACAGAGGCGAGGAAGAUGAUUCUCUGGCUAUCAAACCACCCCAGCAAAUGUCCCGGAAAGAAAAGGCCCAUCACAGGAAGGAUGAAAAGAGAAAAGAAAAGCGUAGGCAUCGGAGCCACUCGGCAGAAGGGGGGAAGCAUGCCAGAGUGAAAGAGAAGGAAAGGGAACACGAACGUCGGAAGCGCCACCGAGAGGAGCAAGACAAAGCCCGCCGAGAGUGGGAGAGACAGAAGCGGCGGGAGAUGGCGAGGGAGCACUCCAGGAGAGAGCGGGACCGCCUGGAGCAGCUGGAGAGGAAGCGGGAGCGCGAGCGCAAGCUGAGGGAGCAGCAGAAGGAGCAGCGGGAGCAGAAGGAGCGGGAGCGGAGGGCGGAGGAGCGGCGCAAGGAACGCGAGGCUCGCAGGGAAGCGCUCGUCUGCACAGAGCUCUUUCCCUUUUCCUCUGGGCUGCGAGGGAACCCAGGGCCUUCCCCCGAGCUGCAUCCCCAGCUCUCUGUGCGCGCUGACUUUCGAGAAGGCCUGCGGCUGUUGCUCACCCGGGAGCCGCCUGCCUUCGCCUUACCUUCUUGA